AUUUUAGAAGGUUAUCUAUAAUUUCUCUGUAUAAUUACAUAAAAACAAGAAAAUGAUAGAAAAAGUAGUAAAAACCAUUCUGCAGGAUUAUCCUAAAAAUAUAAAAUUCUGUUUCGCUUAUGGAUCUGGAGUAUUUAAACAAAAAGUUGAUUCAUUUAAUAAUAUGCUGGAUCUUAUAUUUGUUGUCCAUAAUCCUUGUCAGUGGCAUUUUGAAAAUAUAAAUAAAAAUCCAACACAUUAUGCCCAACCUUUACGAUUUUUUGGUCAUAAAGUCAUUACUAAAGUACAGGAAUCAGGAGGAGCUAAAGUAUAUUAUAACACACUUAUCAAAACAUCUGAAGGACGAAAUAUUAAAUAUGGAGUCAUUUCAGAAAUUUCAUUGGUAGAAGAUUUGUUAGAUUGGAAUGUAUUAUAUUUAUCUGGACGCUUACAUAAACCAGUGCAGGUUAUUAUAGAACCAGAUGAAAAAUCUCAAUUAAGAACUGCUUUAGUACAAAAUUUACAUUCAGCUAUUCAUGCAACAUUAAUUUUAUUACCAGAACAUUUUAGUGAAAUUGAAUUUUAUAAAACUAUUGUUGGAUUAUCAUAUAAUGGAGAUUUUCGUAUGAUUUUUGGAGAAGACAAAAAUAAGAUAAAUAAUAUUGUUUGGCCACAAUUAAAUAAAUUUAAAGAGCUUUAUUCUCCAAUAUUAAAAUAUUUUGAUCAAUAUAUAGAUAUCCCAAAAAAUAAUUAUAAUGAUAUUUGUUAUCAGGAUAUUAGUCCAGAAGCAAAAAUAUAUCAUUUAAAUAAGUUACCAAGAGUUCCUCAGAUUAAAUUGAUUCAAAUUUGGUCACAAGGUCAGAAAUCUAAGGAUAUUGAAGAUUGUUUGAGAGCUAUUGCACAUGAUCCUGAUUCUAGUGAAAUUUUGGACCAAUGUCUUCGAAAUAUUGUGUGUAAAUCUAGUAUUUUUCAAAGUCUUAAAGGAAUUAUAACAGCAGGUUUUAUUAAAUCUGUACAAUAUAGUAAUAGAAAGAUAAUGAAAAUGAUAAAAUCAACAAAACAAAGAGAGAAGUUUCUCCCUCAUAUAUGUGAUAAAAACUUCAAUAAAAGUGACUUACACAUAAAAUCUGUAAUAAAAACUGAAAUUGAAAGUAGUAGUUCAGACAAGCGAAUAAAACAAUAAAAUCAUAUUUUUUAUUUGUUAUAACUGUUUGUUGUCAUUUAUAA